CGCGCGCUGGCUUGGAGGCCGACCUGGAGGCCCCUCUGGAGGCCGACCUGGCCCGGCAGACAUUGCGCGAGCAAGAUGGCGGCGCCCGGAGAGGGUGGCCGCUUCUACCGCAGCAACCUCUUCUCCUUCUUGCCGGGCGGCGCGCGCUCGGAGGUGAUAGAUGACCUGGAAACCGACGCGCGGGGCCGGGGCGCGGGGCGGAGAGACGCUGCCGUCUCAGUCCCGACGCCAGCCCAGGCGGCGACCUCCGAUUCUCAGGUCGCCGAGGACACCUCCCAGAGGCGGCCCUGCAGAGCCUGCGUGGACUUCAAGAGGUGGAUGCGGACGCAGCCGAAGCGGGACAACAAGUUUAGGGAGGAUUGUCCACAGGAUCGAGAGGAACUGGGUCGCCACAGCUGGGCUGUCCUCCACACCCUCGCUGCCUACUAUCCUGAUCUGCCCACCCCAGAACAGCAGCAAGACAUGGCUCAAUUCAUACAUUUAUUUUCCAAGUUUUACCCAUGUGAGGAGUGUGCCGAAGACCUAAGGAAGAGGAUAUGUAGGAACCAGCCAGACACUCGCACUCGGGCAUGCUUCUCUCAGUGGCUAUGCCGCCUGCACAAUGAGGUGAACCGCAAACUGGGCAAGCCUGAUUUUGACUGCUCAAAAGUGGAUGAGCGCUGGCGCGACGGCUGGAAGGACGGCUCCUGUGACUAGAGUGUGGCCAGCUAGGGCCCAUGGGGUGGCCUGGCUAGAGAGGGGCAGAAUACUCAUUAAAGUGAACAGAGCCAGAG